AUGUGGGCUGCGCAGAAGGCGAGAGGCGACAGCGUGUUUCUCUUACCGGUGUCUCCUUUCAGUGACACUUCCUCACUAGGAGGUUCGUCAUUUAUAGUCGAAGCUUGGAGCACAGCUGGUACCUCAGGGUGUGUAAUGUCACAUAGGAGUUUGGAUUAUUUUAAAAAUAUUUUUCCAGACAGAAAAAACAAGCACAUCGUCUCAUUGUCCACCGCCUAACUUUGGACGCUCAGUAGCGGGCUCUCUCUGGUCAGUGUCGCUUGCACUCGGAGGCUGGCUGUUUGUUUUGGAUAUGGGUGAAAUCUGCUCAAGGUGCGGGCAAUGACACAUAUAACAGGAUGAUGGACAAGGACGCUUUAAAAGGAAUCUUCUCUCUCUCAUUUGCAUGGUGUUUUCUGGUUUCAGUUUCUGGAGAGGUCAUCUCUCAAGAUGGCUACCUAAAUACUAUGCAGAGUGCAGCUCCUCUGUCCUGUUCAGAAGGCUUCACUGAGCUGGGCUACUACAACGGCUCUGUGUCUCAGACUGACUCUGGCUCGCCCUGCCUGAAGUGGACAGAGUUCCCAGACUACGUCCUGCAGUACCCAGGCCGGGGGCUGGGCGACCACAGCUACUGCCGUAACCCUGACCGCGAGUCCAACCCCUGGUGCUUCUUCCGCCAGAGCUCUGGAGCCAUCGGCUGGGCCUACUGCGACUGCCACCAGGGAGCUGCCAGGUUGGUAAGUGGGUCCUCCCCUCAGAGUGGGCGUCUGGAGGUAUACCUAAAUGGCCAGUGGGGGGCGGUAUGUGACACACACUGGACCGACCGCGAUGCCAGUGUGAUCUGCAAACAGCUUGGACUGGGUGAGAUCGGCACGGCCCUCCAGCACUCCUACUUCGGGCCCGGCUCUGGACUCUUCCACUAUGAACGCCUUGGUUGCCGUGGCAACGAAAACACUCUGCUGGAUUGCAGGAGUCGGAAGUUUGUCACCAGCGACUGUAACCAUGGAAACGAAGCGGGGGUGGUGUGUGCUGCACCUGAAGGCAAUGGCGCCCCCUUGAGGUUGGUAGGUGGCCUGGAGGACUUCGAGGGUCGUGUGGAGGUGUACCAUGAUGGGAGGUGGGGCACCAUCUGUGAUGACCAGUGGGAUGACAUCGAUGCUGAGGUGGUCUGUCGACAGCUGGGACUGGGGGGUGUACCGAAGGCUUGGACGUGGGCUCACUUUGGCCAGGGCUCUGGUCCCAUCCUCCUGGACGGGGUGCAGUGUACAGGCAAUGAGCUCUCCCUGGAGGAGUGUCCCCACAACAACUGGCAACAACACAACUGUGACCACAUGGAGGAUGCUGGCGUGUCCUGUAACCCAUAUACAGAUGGUGUAGUACGGCUGGUGGGGUCUGACAGUCCCUGGGAAGGUCGUCUGGAGGUGUACCACUCUGGGGACUGGGGUACGGUGUGUGACGACAACUGGACUGAGCACCACGCACAAGUGGUGUGUAGACAGCUGGGCUUCAGAGGGCGUGCAGAGGUGACAUCAGACGGGCUGUACGGAGAGGGCACAGGGCUGAUCCUGCUGGAUGAGGUGCAGUGUAAAGGCUCAGAGGCCACCCUGCUUGCCUGCGGGCACGCCGAGUGGGGUCGCCAUGAUUGCUCCCACAGCGAGGACGUAGGGGUGCGCUGUGAGAGGGGGGGAGAGACCAAUGAGGUGCCAGGGUUGCCACACAUCGCAGGCCCUCUGGUGCGACUGGUUGCUGGAGAGAGCCGGAAGGAGGGGCGUGUGGAGGUGUUUCUGAACGGCCAAUGGGGGAGCGUGUGUGAUGACGGCUGGAAUGACGUCAAUGCUGCGGUGGUCUGCAGGCAGUUGGGAUUUGUUGGGGUGUCGAAGGCUCGCUCCAUGGCAUAUUUUGGAGCAGGCAAGGGCCCCAUCCACCUGGACAAUGUGAGGUGCAUUGGGGCUGAGGUGUCCCUGGGGGAGUGUCCGGCCGAGGGAGAGGACGCCCAUGACUGCAAGCACAGCGAAGAUGCAGGGGUCAUCUGUGACUACGUCCCCGAGCCGGUGGGAGACGGCGCCAUAAUAACGCAGACCUGUGGCAUGAGGCCAAACACACAGCGCCGCAGGAGGAGGAUAAUUGGAGGGGACAAGUCAAUCAGGGGGGACUGGCCAUGGCAGGUGUCUCUGUGGCUCAAGUCUCUGUCCAAAGGGAACCAUCCACUGUGUGGAGCCACGCUCAUCAACUCCUGCUGGGUCCUGACUGCUGCACACUGCUUCAAGAGGUUUGGCGGGGACCCAUCGCGCUAUGUGCUGCGACUGGGUGACUACCACACGGAGGAGAGGGAUGACUUUGAGCGCAGCCUGUCCCCGGAGCGCAUCAUCAUUCACAGGAAGUACCACAGCCAGGGCUGGGAGUAUGACAUUGCCCUGCUUAGACUGAAGGGCACCGAAGGCAACUGUGUGGCUUUUAACCCUCAUACCAACUCAGCCUGCCUCCCUGCGCCUGGCAGCAAGUGGGGGAAGAGGCCAGCCGCCUGUGUCAUCACAGGGUGGGGCAUCACAGACUCGGAAUACUCCCGUACCCUGCUGCAGGCCUGGGUUCCCCUGCUGCCCUCCUGGAAGUGUAAGAAGCGAUACGGCGAGCGCUAUACCAGCCGCAUGCUGUGUGCGGGCAGCCUGUCGGACCGUCGGCGCGUGGACAGUUGCCAGGGUGACAGCGGUGGUCCCCUGGUGUGUCAGGGAGAGGGGGGCCGCUGGGUGCUGACCGGGGUCAUCUCCUGGGGUCAUGGCUGUGGUGACCCCUCCUUCCCUGGGGUAUACACGCGGGUCAGCAGGUUCCUGCGCUGGAUUGACCAAGUCACCAACAACCCUCCAAGGAUCUGAUGCUGCCACUGUGACAUUGGACAGCUCACGUUAUCAUAUGACUUUGGGGAGGUGGGGGGAUUAAAGGCGCAGUGACCGGUUAGAGAGGGUUACUACAUCCGGGUAUCUGCUCAUGGUCUCACUCAUAAAGUUGCACACCCAGCAGAGCGCUUUUAAGUCACUUUUUGUUUUGCAUACACUUGGAGAAGCCUGUAUGGCAUUGUGCAUUCUUGGUUGUGUGGAAAUACCACUUUGAUGAGAGCAUUUAAUGCAUCAAUGGUUCAAUUAUGAGAGCCAGACUGCAUAGGUGAAUGACAUUGCACUAGAAUGCAUGCCAUAGUAUCACACUGCGACACCUGUGAAAAGCCAAUUAAUGGUGCCAAUGGGAGUAAGUCUAGUCAGAAGCAUUAGGUGAGUAUCAUUAAGGUACAAUAUUGUAUAUUUACAGUACAUAUGGCUUCUAAAUUAAUAAUUGUUUCAUGAACAUUCCGGUUGUGCAUGCAUUUUAACUUAUGCCUAUGCUAAUGUGCUCCACUCUUGAUUGAAACAAUUGGCCAAAUUGGUCAGCUUACAGAUCGCUGGUUUAGAUCAUAUGAGAGGCAUGAGUGGGCCUUUGAGGCUCUGUAUAUGUGGCAAUGAUGACAUGGCUUCUCACAAAGGCUUAAAUGAUGUUUGCCUGCCCACAUACAGUAUCCAUCUGUCAACCAAUUUCUGUUAAAGCUGCACUUUCCGAUCAGCAUUAUGUGAAGCCAGAGGGGGCGGGGUGAGUAUGUGUGUGCAAGCAUGUGAGAGUGUGUGUUUACAUGUAUUGUGUGCACUGUCAAUUUAUUUAUCAUACAUCAUCUCAAUUCUAUACCAUAUUUUUGAGUUGUCUCAAGUUGCAGUGCAAUUCCCAAAUGAUCCAUGUAAUCUUCUCAUCAUUCUUAUAGUUUGACAAACAUGAACACAUCUUACAUACGUACCAAGCCUAUACAGUGCAGAUGUAACAUGGUCACAUGCCACUCUGAUUUUGAAACGCUCAUACUGAGUAGAUGUCUAAGCUUCAUGUGGUUAUUACUAACGCAAAAUUACAACUACUAGGAAACAAAACUAACGACUCCCUGUACACUUGCUGGAAUGUUUGUUUACUGUUUCCACUGAAUGUUCAAACCUUAUUUUGUUAUAUGGGGCUUUAAGUCACAUGACUGCAUGUUUCUGAUUGUCACUGAACAACUAUUUAUUUUGUGAUAUUUUCUAAACAAUCUUCAGACUCUCGCUCCUGCCACUGUUGCUUUUUCAUUGAAGGAUUUUUAUUCAACUCCAGAAUGCUAUAGGUCUACUGUACUAGAGGUCGACUGAUUAUGAUUUUUCAAUGCCGAUACCGAUUUAAUUGGUCAUUUUUUUUAAAUGUAUUUGUAAUAAUGACAAUUACAACAAUACUGAAUGAACACUUUUUUAACUUAAAAUAAUACAUCAAUAAAAUCAAUUUAGCCUCAAAUAAAUAAUGAAACAUGUUCAAUUUGGUUUAAAUCAUGCAAAAACAAAGUGUUGGAGAAGAAAGUAAAAGUGCAAUAUGUGCCAUGUAAAAAAGCUAACGUUUAAGUUGCUUGCUCAGAACAUGAGAACAUAUGAAAGCUGGUGGUUCCUUUAAACAUAAGUCGUCAAUAUUCCCAGGUAAGAAGUUUUAGGUUGUAGUUAUUUUAGCAAUUAUAGGACUAUUUCUCGCUAUACCAUUUGUAUUUCAUAUACCUUUGACUUUUGGAUGUUCUUAUAGGCACUUUAGUAUUGCCAGUGUAACAGUAUAGCUUCCGUCCCUCUCUUCGCCCCAACCUGGGCUCGAACCAGGAACACAUCGACAACAGCCACCCUCGAAGCAGCGUUACCCAUGCAGAGCAAGGGAACAACUACUCCAAGGCUCAGAGCGAGUGACAGUGACGUCACCGAUUGAAACGCUAUUAGCGCACACCCCACUAAUUAACUAGCCAUUUUACAUCGGUUACACUGGCCUAAUCUCGGGAGUUGAUUGGCUUGAAGUCAGAAACAGCGCAAUGCUUGAAGCACAGCGAAGAGCUGCUGGCAAACACACUAAAGUGCUGUUUGAAUGAAUGCUUAUGAACCCGCUGGUGCCUACCAUCACUCAGUCAGACUGCUCUAUCAAAUCAUAGACUUAAUUAUCACAUAACACACAGAAAUACGAGCCUUUAAUGCUUGCUAGCAACUUACCUUGGUUUAUUGCCGACCUCGCAUAACAGGUAGUCAGCCUGCCAUGCAGGCUCCUAGUGGAGUGCAAUGUAAGGCAGGUGGUUAGAGCGUUGGACAAAUAACUGGAAGGUUGCAAAAACGAAUCCCCAAAUCCCUGCGCUGCCCCUGAACAAGAGCGUCUACAUUUUACAUUUAAGUCAUUUGGCAAUGUAAAUGAACAAGGCAAUUAACACACCGUUCCUAGGCCGUCAAGGAAAAUAAGAAUGUGUUCUUAACUGACUUGCCUAGUUAAAUAAAGGUGUAAUUAAAAAUAUAAAAAAUAGGCAAAUCGGUGUCCAUAAAUACUGAUUACCAAUUGUUAUGAAAACUUGAAAUCGGCCCUAAUUAAUCGGCCAUUCCGAUUAAUCGGUCGACCUCUAUACUGUACACACCUCUCUUCAUACAUAUCCUGUAAGUACUCUGUAUAAAAUACCUUGAAUGUUAAGGUGAAUAUAUAUGUGUUCUUGAGUGGUGCCAUUAAAUAUCUGAGUCAC